CUCUGUGUUUAAAAUGGGACACAUGGGCUUUCUUUCAGGUCAAAGUGGAGCUGGGAACAAUUGGGCCAAAGGCCACUACACUGAGGGAGCAGAGCUAGUCGACUCAGUUCUGGAUGUGGUACGUAAGGAGUCCGAGAACUGUGACUGCCUGCAGGGCUUCCAGCUCACGCACUCCCUAGGCGGAGGCACCGGGUCUGGUAUGGGCACCCUCCUCAUCAGCAAGAUCCGUGAGGAGUACCCCGACCGCAUCAUGAACACUUUCAGCGUCAUGCCUUCACCCAAAGUGUCAGAUACAGUGGUGGAGCCCUACAAUGCUACGCUCUCUGUGCAUCAACUGGUGGAGAACACCGAUGAGACCUUCUGCAUCGACAACGAAGCACUCUACGACAUUUGCUUUCGCACACUUAAACUUACCACACCUACUUACGGCGACCUGAACCACCUUGUUUCAGCAACCAUGAGCGGAGUCACCACCUGCCUGCGAUUCCCAGGUCAACUUAAUGCCGACCUCCGCAAGCUGGCAGUCAACAUGGUGCCCUUCCCUCGCCUCCACUUCUUCAUGCCCGGAUUUGCGCCCCUGACAAGUCGGGGUAGCCAGCAAUACCGUGCUCUUUCAGUGCCAGAGCUAACACAGCAGAUGUUUGAUGCCAAGAACAUGAUGGCAGCCUGUGACCCGCGACACGGCCGCUACCUCACCGUGGCAGCCAUCUUCCGUGGCCGUAUGUCCAUGAGGGAGGUGGAUGAGCAGAUGCUGAGCAUCCAGAACAAGAACAGCAGCUAUUUUGUGGAAUGGAUCCCAAACAACGUCAAGACGGCAGUCUGCGACAUCCCGCCACGUGGCCUCAAAAUGUCCGCCACGUUCAUCGGCAACAGCACAGCCAUUCAAGAGCUGUUCCGCAGGAUUUCAGAGCAGUUCACCGCCAUGUUCAGACGCAAGGCUUUCCUGCACUGGUACACUGGCGAGGGAAUGGAUGAGAUGGAGUUCACAGAGGCAGAAAGCAAUAUGAAUGACCUGGUCUCUGAGUACCAGCAGUACCAAGACGCCACCGCUGACGAAAUGGGCGAGUAUGAGGAGGAUGAUCUUGAAGAUGAGGAGGAUGCACGCCAUUGAGAGAGCUGAUAGGCAUGUUGUUUUCAAAAUCAUUGCUUUUAGCUGAUCUGAGAA